GGUGGAGGAAACUCCACUCCGUCCAGGCAGCGCGUCUUUCCUUCCUUAUCGUAAUAGGCAUGCUCAGCAGAAGGGCUGUGCAGUGCUCUCAGCAACUGAAGCUGGGCGCAGGGGGACUGCAACGGCCGCGCCAAGCAUCUUCCAGUGAUGGCCUCUACUGAGCAGCUCUGCUCCAGCUCUCACCAGCAGCACUGAGCAUAAGAACAGCAGAACCCCGUUCGCCCUCCUGCUGCCAAGCCAGACAGAGAGACACACAGCACCAUGUACAGUGUGGACGACCUCCUCAUUUCUCACGGAUACAAAUUGCCCAAGACAAGCGUCCCCUGCCCCUCUUCAACUUCAUCCGCCACCGCACCUUGCGAGAAACAGAGCCACGUCGCCGCCACGACCGAUUGCCACCGUGAAAUCCCAGCAGCAGAGAACCAGAGGCCUGGCCGUGUUGGCUCACUGAACGGGUAUGAACAGGCAGCAGACAGGGGGGCUUGCGUCUUCAGGAGCAGCAGCAGGCAGGCACUACUGGCGAAGGUCUACCCCGGCAGCGGUGACAAUGAGAGCGGCGGGGAAAGGAACCAAAGGAGAAAAGAAGCUGGCAGCGGUAACCUAGGUGACAGCCUAGCACAGCCCCUGGGAGAUUCUCUCGCCACGGAUAGCGGGUUCUAUGACGCUCCCAGCUUAACCUAUUCUGAGCAGAUCGAGAGAAGAGAGCAGUUGGACGAGAGGGAUGUCUCCUACUGGAGGAGGAGAGGCCAGGACUUCAGUGUCCUCCUGGAUUACGCCGAUGGCCGGGAGCUGAGAGCGUCCGCUAGCUUUCUGAAGGCCUCUGAGGUGGCAUGGAGGCCACAGGCCCUGAUAGCAGAGGACCACAGGGGGGAGAGGGAGAAGCAGCAACAGAAGCAGCUAUGGGAUGACACCCCCAUCUCCUGGCUGAGGGAAGCUGACGCGGCUCCUGGACAGCUGAGGGUAUUGACUGGGGUGACUGGGGAGCGGAAGUGCCAGAGCCUGGGCACAGAGGAGUGGAAGCCUGCAGUGGGGCUGGGGAGGCAGCUGUCGGAUGGGGAGGGCGAGAGGUGGGCUCAGGACCGGCAGCAUCGCCUGAGGACUCCAGAGAGCGCUGGUUCUAUCCUUCCCAGAACCAGAGGGAAGUCCCAGUCCCUCCCCAGAGUGCUGUUGCCUGAUGGAGCUACUGAACACACAGACACACAGUCCAGUUUGGUCAGUGUCCAGCUUCGACCGGGCCAGGUUGAUAGACAGAGAGUGAACAGCACCGUCUUUUCCGGGCCUUAUAGUAGGUAUUACCACAGCGCCGCAGUCGGCCGGGACCGGUGGGCCAGAAACAGUUGGCAAAGCGGCGGUCAUGUUGCACUUUUACCAAAGCCCAGGUUCAGCAGGCCUGUCAAGCCUCCGUCGUACGAGAUACACCAGCAGACUAGGGGUAGCCAGGAGAUGCUUUCUGUAGCUGUAGUAGAUGAACAGGGUGGGUCCAAACAACAGAAGGACAACAGGCCUAUCUAUCAUCCAAGGGGUGGAGAACUGCAGAGACAAGACUAUUUCGCACAACACUCCGCAAUCUUUGGCAUGGAGCCCCCUGGUUACAUCCCACCCCCGUCUUAUAAGAGAGCCCCUCCCCCAAUCAGGGGAGGCCCAAUCAACCGCAAUGAAGUGGUGAACUAUAAGUGGAGGGGGGAGAUGCAGAUACAGAUGCAGAUGCCUGUGAGCUCAGAGGCGGGAAGGUGGUUUUCCAGACAGACAGGAGGGUCGUGGCUGGAACACUAUGGGGAUCGAGGUAUACCCUACAGGAAACAGGUUAACCCUAACCCAAACCUUAACCCUGGAUACACCGAGGAACAUCUGGGGCAUGUUCACUAUUUACCCUUUGAUGAUCCGCGAGUGAGACACAUCUCAGGAGGGCCUGGCGGAAAUUCUCUCACUGACUCAGACAAGCUUAUCCGAAACAUCAACAAAGAGAUUCCCUGCGCUAAGGUUUUAGGACAAUCCACACAUGAUAGUGCCUUUUCCCCCCCACAUGGGCUAUCUCUCAAUACCGACAGCCGUAAGACAUCUGUCAAUGACAACGACGGUAGUAGUACUAGAUGGUGCCACAGGGGUUUAAUAAACAAAGGAAGUGUAGACAGUGUAGCUCCUGACCAGAGCUGUGGUAACUAUCCAACCGCUUUUCAGGUUAGACCGCCCCCUCAGCAGAUCAGGCUUGUGGACCAAGGUGUGUCAGAAACUGUGACUCAAGUGAAAAAGAAAGAGCCUGACUCCUCAGAGAAAGAGAAACCAAGAAAGCCUGACUCCUCAGAGAAAGAGAAACCAAGAAAGCCUGACUCCUCAGAGAAAGCAGAGAAAGUAGAGAAAAAGAGCGUAAAAAAGAAACUUAGCGAAACAAUAUUCUGUUUGGUGUCUGUUCCCAUCCCCCCAACGCAGGGCAGUACGUCCCAUGAUCAAAACAACAAUGAUGAAAAGCCGCCAAGCCCAGUCCGGCCACCAAGCCCAGUGGACAGUCCGAGCGAGAACAAAACUGGCCACUUAACAAACCAAAGUCUCCAAAGCACAUCUUCAGCAGAGGCUGAGCUGCAAGCACUAACCGGUAGCAUAGCAAGCAGCAGAUCAAGCAGCAAAAUAGUGAGAAAACUCCCCAUUAAACCCCCCAAAAUAAACCAUCACAAGGAGCUGAAACUCUCAGGAUCCUGGCCUGGGAACCAAUACCGUGACCAGGAGACUCAAACUAGCCCAGAGGCCAGAAAGCGUCAGCCUCCCCCUCCUCCUCCUCCAGGUCCUGAAAACAAGGAAGCACAAGACCCUCAAGUCCCUGCCCCAGGUUUCCCCGACCCAGGCGUCACCCCAGACCCCAGCGGUGUGGGCAGCACUGCAUUCAGCUAUCCCAUAAAAGGGGUGAAGAGCCUGAAACCAUCCAGCAACAGCGCCUUUUCCAGGACGGCCACUUUCUCAAUCUCCAGCCAGCUGAACAAGAGCACAGUUCAGCCGCCAGCAGCAGCGCCACCACCACCACCCUCAGGAAACACGAUGGAGGCCAAACCAGCAGCGGCCUGCAGUGGGCAGGAGGGCUUCGGUCAGUUCAUGCUGAAGCCCGUCAGCAGACGGCCAUGGGAUGCCAUUGAGGAGCUAGAGACUAUCAACAAAGAGCUCCAGGAUCAACAGCAACAACCACAGCAGCAGAGCAGCAAGAGGCCCAGUGUUGACCAGUGCAUCGAGGACCUCAACGAGGCCUACAAAGACAUCUUAGAGCUAGGCACUGCCAGCAAUAACGUUCCCAACAAUGGCGGCGCUGUGCAGAUCCCUGAGCGGAUCAAGAUAAGGCUGGCGGGGGAGGCGGGGCUCAGCAAACCCAGCAGCCUUAGGCGCAGUAUCGAGAGCUGGACUGUGUCCGUCGACCCAGAGUACAGGGAGGUCAGGAGCGCCUUCUCAAGACCCGCUGAAAGAAAGUCAGUGACAUUCAGCAAGCAGCUAAGAGAGGAGCUCCCUGUCCCGCCACGCGAUCCUACAGGAUUCAGAGAAUACAGGGUUGUUUCGAAUUUGUCACGGAGAAGUAGCUGCAGUGGCAGGUCGGUGAAGCUAGACCUCUCUUCGCCUUCGGAGACACCACCGCCUUGUGACUUUACCGCCCCUAGUGACUUUAUUGACUCUCCUAGGGAUCCCAGCGAGAUCAGAGACUUAAGCCCAACGACGCCAACAACGCACACGGCAGCAGAAGUCCCCUGGGCAGAUAGGCAGCCGAUGCAGGACGCCUCCACACUUACGAGUCCCCCUGAUUAUGAGGACAUAUGUCAGUCUUUACAAAAGACUCGAGACUCAACGGAAGUUAACAAAACUUUGACAGCCAAAUCUAAACUUGGUGGUGGUAGAGGCAAUACAGUGUCUCCAAGGGGCGCCGGUCUAGACUCCGAAAAGGAAUGCCCAAUUUGUAAAAAAGAGAGCGAGAGCCAGAUGUCCAGACCAAGCCCAAUGUCUCCGCUCCAUGAGGAGUCAAGCCCAGACUUGUCUGAUCAAAGUAGCGCCACGAUCGUCGGUGACAGUGGUAGUCCACAAGGAGCUGAAACAUAUGAAGAACCAGCUGAGGACGAAGUAGACACACAGCUAUCCUCCGACUCUUGCUCGAAUCGUUCAGAGGCUCAGACUCUGUGUCAAGAUUGGAGGGAGCAGCUGUCACUCACAGAUGAUAGAAAUGUGGGUGGGAGUGCUACUGCUGAGAAGACCAAUCAAAACCAAGCAACCAAGGAUCUCAACAAUCUAUACGAAGUGAAAUGUGCCGAGGGCAUCCCAGAGAACGAAUCCAUAGAGGAGAGGGCAGCCAGGAUAUUAGGGAUUGAUGUGCCUGCAGAGUCUUUAGUUACAGAGGAGCGGAGGGCUAGAGAGCCAGCAACAGAUGAGAUUGAAUUAAGAGAGAGUGAACCCACUGCUGGAGAAGAUCCAGAAAGAAGCAGUGCAAACGAACAGACAUUACAAACACAUGUGAGAGAUACAGAGUCUGGGGAACUGCGGUCUACAGCGUCUACGGUUCCCGACAGUGGGCAGGAGUUACAAGAAAACAAGCCGCCACAGGAUACCCCAGAGCGCAUCAGGAGUGCCAAAUGGACCCAACUGGGUCGAGAAACUCCAGGUAUGCUGGAGUUUCCGCCAGACAGACUACCACUUUCAGUCCCCAUGAACCCCGACCAGAAGCUGUCUCACAGUCUGGAGGGAGAGAGGAGGGGCAGAGGUGCCUCACAGCACAUAGAGGCCCUGCAGGACAAGCUAGCUGCCUCGCCCAGCCACCAGGUGGCGAUAGAGCGGCUGGCUCGGAUGAAGGUGGUGGACUCGGUGUCCCGCAUGAGUCUCAGCAUCAGGAGCACAGACUCUGGGGAGGUGGACGGGGAGACGGAGGGGGAGGCCAGCGGUGGCGUUGAACAAGUGGAAGAGAGCGCUGUCCUCCCUGCUCCCUCCCAGAGUGACACAGUGGACGAUAGAGAGGUCAAGCUAGAGGACGAUCGAGAGGCCUCUGAAGAUACAGUGUUGCAAGAUGAGGAGGUGUCAUCUGUCUCGGAGGCCUGAGACCCAAGCCCAGUGGAUUAAAGUGGAGAGAGACUGAGACGCCCGUCAUCUUUCUCCAUCUGAGGAUUAGCUCCCUCCAACACUGUGACCUGGCUGCCCACUAGAAUGCCUUCAUCUCAUCCCAAACACAGAAACGGCCUUCUCCGACAACAGCAUUGUGUACACCCUCACCCUCGGCGUCGUUGAGUGCUAAGAGUGUUCCACUGCCAAAAGGGAGGUGUCCCCCUACCUAGGGGCAGCUUCCAUCUACCCCCCCCCCCCCAUCUCCCCUUUAUAUCCCCCCAACCCAUCCUAGGAGGGGUCCAAAAUGGUACCCUACUCUCUAUAUAGUGCACUACUGGGCCCUGGUCAAAGGUAGUGCACUGCAUAGGGUUCAGGCUGCCAUUUUGGGACUCAUUCCUAGUGUUAUUGUAGCAGCUUCUUCUUUAUCCUUUCUUAUUCUACUCUCCCGAUGCUUUUCAUUGGCUUAUUCUACCCUCCUGAUGCUUUUCAUUGGCUUAUUCUACCCUCCUGAUGCUUUUCAUUGGCUUAUUCUACCCUCCAGAUGCUUUUCAUUGGCUUUAUUAUUCUACCCUCCUGAUGCUUUUCAUUGGCUUAUUCCACCCUUCAGAUGCUUUUCAUUGGCUUUAUUAUUCUACCCUCCUGAUGCUUUUCAUUGGCAGACAUUAUGCAAUUCUGUCAUGCAUAUAACAACCUAAAAAAAAAUGUCCAUAGUGAAUACAGUUAGCUGACUCAUCGUUCACACUCUGUGUGAUUCUGUUUGUUUCUGGGCGAGCUGUUAGAUAUGAAUGUAAACACGUUUUACACAACAAAGUAGACAUAGGAGUCAAGAGCUGUUCUGUUUCAUUCAGUCGAUUACACCAAAAUAUUUACAUUUGAUUGUUAUGGAUGGAGAGAAGUGAGAAAUGUAUUAUAUUGGACAUUAAUGUCUUUGGCUCGAGAACUGUUUUAAUUUUCAGAUGAAUCGAUCGAUCAAUCCGUCAAUCAAUCAAUUAAUCAACCAAUCAAUCAGUCUAUUAUUAUUUUGUUACAUUGUGGCCUGUCUGUCUCAUCGCUUUCCCGUACUCUGUAAUCAUAAUCCAUAGAUCUCUUCAAUGAAGAGUGACUCUAUACCUACCAGAUGUCAGGGUUAGGGUCAAUUCAAAUUCAAGUCAGUCGUUUCAGGAAGUAAACUGAAAUUCCAAUCAAUUUUCAAUGAUUUCUCAAGAAAUUGAAAAUGAGAAGCUAUUUAUUAAACACGUUUUUCCAUUUAUGAAUGUUCACUUCCUGAAUUGAGUGACUUCAUUUUGAAUUGACCCAAACCCUGAUGUGGUGAAAUGAUAAAUCAGUGAAAUAUAUUUUGUGAGGCUUUGGUUCUACGUUAUGGGGGUGGGGGUUACCUAGGUGACAGUCUGUUUGUGCUGUCAUGCCGACUCCUUGUCACUCAUUGGCUUGACAAUGUACAAUGGAAUUGACAAGAGCACAAACAGAUCUGGGACCAGGCGUUGCCUUCUGUAUCCAGAUGUGCAUUUCAUUAUAGACUGGAUCAGGUUACAAGACCACUGGGUAGGGAAAUCAAUGUUUUAAAAUGAUCUAUCUGGGUGUAUAUUAGCUCUAUUUCCCAGGUAAUUUCAGGAAGCAAUAAUGGUAUGGAGUGUGCUAGUUUGAGUUGUAAACAAGAAUUAUAUGGACAUAGUAAAAAGAUAAGAGCAAUAUUGUCGUACAAACAGCUUAGUUGCUUAGUCAGUGGAGCUGGGAACCAUUGUCAGGAAUCUAAUUAUUUCCAAGUCCCAAAAUGGCACCCUAUUCCCUAUAUAGUGCACAACAUUAGACCAGAGCCCCAUGGGCACUGGUUAAAAGUAGUGCACUAAAUAGGGAAUUGGGUGCAAUUUGGGGCGUAACAUUUUAACGAGUCAUCGUUUGAAUCAUCCUGUAGCUAAAUGGAUAUGUAUCAGGGUAUGCUGGUGGGCGGGUGCUUAUUUCAUAGAAAACAUUAGUGGCCAUACAUGUGUAUCGUGUUAAGUGACUACAUUUCACUAAAUAUCCAUUUUUGUUAUCAUUGAAUUGUUAAUCAGUUUGCAUAAUGUACAAAAUAAAGUAUAUUUUAAAUAUUUUAAUAGAUAUUUUGUAUUUAACCAUUCUAUUUUAUUUCUCCACAAUUUGAUCACAAGUUGAAAGUACCAUAUUGUCUGUACAGUAUCAUAUUGUCUGUACAGUAUCAUAUUGUCUGUACAGUACCAUAUUGCCUGUACAGUACCAUAUUGCCUGUACAGUACUAUAUUGUUUGUACAGUACCAUAUUGUUUGUACAGUACCAUAUUGUCUGUACAGUACUAUAUUUUCUGUACAGUAUCAUGUCUGUACAUUAUCAUAUUGUCUACAUUAUCAUAUUGUCUGUACAGUACUAUAUUGUUUGUACAGUAUCAUAAUGUCUGUACAGUACUAUAUUGUUUGUACAGUAUCAUGUCAGUACAGUACUAUAUUGUUUGUACAGUAUCAUUUCAGUACAGUACUAUAUUGUCUGUACAUUAUCAUGUCUGUACAGUACUAUAUUGUCUGUACAGUACUAUAUUGUUUGUACAGUAUCAUAAUGUCUGUACAGUACUAUAUUGUCUGUACAGUAUCAUAAUGAGAGUAUAUAAUUUUCUAGCGCUUUAAAAAGAAAAGAAAAAAAGAUUGACAUAAAGAAGGAUUGUCCUUACAAGCAAAGCUAUGUGCAGUGUGCCUUGAUCAAACGGUCAUUCUGUUCAGUGACAAGAUGAGGGUUUAUCUUCUUUGUGAGUCUUGACUUAAUGGGAAAUUCUGAUUGUGCCAUGAGUUCCCAUUUCUAGUGCAUUUUCACACGCUGUCUGAAAAACAGUUGAACAUUUGAUGUUGGACGCUCUUACUGAUGAUCCAUCUCAGCUGUGUCCUUAUGUUUAGGGUCAGCUGUGACCUGCAGUGUUGGGGUCAAUUACAUUUCAAUUCAGUCAGUUCAGGAAGCUAACUGAAAUUCUAAUUGACAUUUUUCUCAAUGCCUCUGUAUUGGAUUGUUUUUUUGGGGGGGGUUAGGGGGGUGGGAUAAUAAUUACGUUUCUUUUCUGGAAUUAACUGAAUUGAAAUGGAAUGACCCCAACCCUGGUGACCUGUCUUAUGUUUGUCAUCGUCUUCCAAGCCAAAUCAUGUACUGUUGUUUUGUCGCUGAUUCAUAGCAACAUGUUUAGAAAUAAAAAUGAAAAAAAACAAACAUUUAUUUUAGUCAUGCAACUUAACAUUUCUUUCUUUCUACAUUGAGUGAAUGUUGUGUUUUAGACUGCUGUCAAUGAUACAAUGGUUAGUGAAGGGUGUAUAAUGCAUUGCAAAAGGUGCACAUUAAUGCUGUUUUCCUAUUUGUCAAAGGUGAAUACAUACUGUUCAAUAAUCACAUCGUUUUAUAACAUACACUUUCAUGUAGCAUUAUUGCGGUUGUAGCAUUUAAUUGAAUUAGAACUUUGUCUUAAUUACGCUUAAUAUUUCUGACUGACUUUUUUUUUUUUUUUAUCAAGUCGCUGCCAUAGGCAAUUUCGAAAUUAAAUUAUAAUUAAGGCCAAAUAAUUACUAAUUGCACACUGUUUCAUAACUGUAAGUUUUACAAACAACUUAUUGUUCUGCCAUUUCUUAAUCCUGAAAGGUAGCAAUGUUGACUGCAUACUUACAUAGUGACUGCACUUAACUUUCUUCACUGUGCUAGGGUCUUUCAAUCAAUCAGGAGAACAGUGCUGUUAAUCAAACCAUACAUAGACUUCCAAAAAUGCACAAACUCCCAUUCGAAACAACAACUAUAUAUAAUAUAACUAUAUUCAUUGAUUCAGAAGUUUAUUGAUCAAUUGAGUCCAUUGAUCAAUAUCAUUGAUUAAUAUCCCAUAAAGAGCAACCAGGUGGAUAGAUUACCAACGGUUGUUGACGCCCGCAUUUCGUCUGAACAUAGUACAAUUUUUAAGACUUUUGCUUGACUUACCUGCAGUGAAGUCCUCUGUCUUAAAAGGAAAUUUCAAAAAUGUUCACCUUCAUAUUCAUCUCCAGCACCACCCCAACAUCAACAUAUGUUAAAAUGUUACGCUUCUAUGUGUCGCAGUGAAAAAUAUAGAAGAAGAUAAGUGUUUCCAAUGACAUCAUCGGUGUGUAUCGUGGGAUUUUUUACAUUUUAAUUAAAAAAAUUGUUAUUGGAAUUUUUCUCUUUUUCUCCCCAAUUUUGUGAUUACGAUCUUGUCUCAUUGUUGCAACUCCCCAACGGGCUCGGUAGAGGCGAAGGUCGAGUCAUGCGUCCUCCGAAACAUGACCCACCAAGCCGCGCUUCUUAACACCCACCGUCUUAACCCGGAAGCCAGCUGCACCAAUGUGUUGGAGGAAACACCACUCAACUGACGACCGAAGUCAGCCUGCAGGCGCCCAGCCCGCCACAAGGAGUCGCUAGAGUGUGACGAGCCUUCCCCUAACCCACACGACGCUGGACCAAUUUUGCGCCGCCCUUUGGGACUCCCGGUCACGGCCAGUAAUGACACAGCCUGGCUGUAGUGACGCCGCAACACUGUGAUGCAGUGCCUUAGACCGCUGCACCAAUCGGGAGGCCAGCAUCAUGUGAUUUUAACCAAUUAUGAGUAGGAUUUAACUCCUAAUUGCCUACUAAUUGGAUGAUGAUGUCAUUGGAAACACAUAUAUUCCUCUGUCUUUUUUACUACAAAACAUAGAAAAACACAAUUUUCACAUAUGUUGAUGUUGGGGUGGUGCUGGAGAUGAUGAAUAUGAAGUUGAAUUUUAAAAAUGUUUUCCCUUAAGAAGUAAACUGCCCCUUGAUCACAACACAAAAAUGGCCAUUACAGAACAUAGAUAGGCUACUGUCCAUAAAUUGGCAUGCCAGAGGAAGCUGGAACUUGGUGUCAUUUGACGUUUUUGUACUGCAGGCUAUGUGCAACAUGAAUAAUUAUGCACACUUGUUGUAAUAUUUUCUAUUUUCAUAUGAGAUUUGAUUAAUUUUGUACUCCCUGACAUCUUUUUUUCUUCCUUGCAUGAAAUGCAAGAGAGACGAGGAAAUCCUGAAAUGAGGGACGAGGAAAACAUUAAAAUGAGGGACGAGGAAAACAUUAAAUGAGAGAGAGACGAGGAAAACAUGUUUUUGCAUACAGUCUAUUUGCAGUUGGUACUCUCCAGUAGGGGAAACCAAUGGCAACCAUUAUCUUUCAUAAUUUUAUUUACAAAACUAUGCCAAGUAUUUAAAUGCUAUGUUUAGAGUAAAAUCUAAAGGAAACUCGUUCAGACCUUUGCUUUUGUAUUGAUGAAUAUCAGCAUAACACACAGAUUGUGCUGCUGUUGUAUGACACUGCAGUCUGAUUCAGAAUAAACUCUUUGCAUGAA